AUGACCUCAGAAACGCUGGACCCGUCUAUUACGGCACAGACUGACCUGUAUGGGCUUCUGGAGAUCGAUGUCAGCAGCCAGGAGUCGGAUAUUAGGAGAGCUUAUCGACGAGUAGCUUUGAAAUAUCACCCAGACAAGAACCCGUCCGAGGAAGCGAAAGUGAAGUUCCACAGUUUAAAUCUAGCACUUGAAACACUCGUGUCUGAAAAUUUAAGAAGAGCAUAUGAUCAGUUGAGAAAAGCAUGGAUUGAAAAAGAAGCUCGUAGAAAAGAGCUGGAUGCGAAUCGUCGUAAACUCCAGCAGGAUCUCGAACAGAGCGAAAAAGUGGCGGUCGAGUCAGCCAAAGCAGCAUCAGACGCGAAACGAAAGCUCGAGCUGCUGAAAAUGGAGGGACUCAAGAAACGGAGACUGCACGAAGAGAAAAUGGAGAAACGAAAAGCGCAAGUCCAGGUUGCCAACGACAAAAACAAUGACAAAAAGUCAGACUCAGCGACCAAAUCUGCUGCUCGAUCUCGAGACAUGAGCAGCAGUCCUGAUCUUGGAGAGACUGAUGCGACUGAAGAAGAGCGGACAGUGAAACUGCGAUUUCGAUAUACUCCUACACAAGAAUGGACUGAGCAGCAGAUCAGCGAUCUGUUCAGUCGAUUUGGAGCCGUGGACCACGUUGUAAUAAUGCCCGUGGCCCCUGGCAAGAAGUUUUUCACUGUCGUGAUAGUUUUCCAAGGACUGGAUGGAGCACAGCUAUGUGUAUCUAAAGACUUCACGACUCUCGGGCCCGACUUCAAAGCGGUGAAAUCUGCCAGUCUUCUACACCAACAGCUAUCCACAGCCGACCAACCUACACCUUCACCACCACCCUCAGCAUACCCAGCAAACUCUUCUCGUCCCAUUGACCGCAACAGCUCCGACUACGCCCAAGCAACUCUGCGACGACUGCAAAUGCUCUCAAAAGCCCACGAGUCUCACUAA